AUGGAGUGCUGGGUGACCGGAUGGGGUACAAGAUCUUCUGGAGGGAGUUUAGUUUCAUUAGGGGCCCUCCAGGAGGUCAUGGUUCCCCUGAUAGACCGUAAUACAUGUCAAGUAAUGUAUCACAAUGGGGGAAGUACUAGCAACAUCCAGUAUGAUCAGAUUUGUGCCGGCUACAAGGAUGGGUAUAAGGACUCCUGCCAGGGUGACUCAGGAGGACCUCUGGUGUGUAAGGUAUGGGGAGUCUGGUACCAGGCCGGAGUCGUAAGCUGGGGAUAUGGCUGCGCAAAACGAUAUUACCCUGGGGUGUACACCCUGUUGACUACAUACGAAAGCUGGAUCAGCAGCCAUCUGGAUUUAACCAUCAGUAAUGUCCUAAACAUCACCCCACCAAUUCUGGAAUGUGGAGGAGACUUCAAUAUCUAUGGAGGAAGCAUCCAUCUCUUACCUUUUCACUGGACCAUCUUAGUUAUAGCUGCUCUUCUGUCCUUUUUUCUAUAA